AUGGCGGCCUCCGAUCUUAUACGCGCCCACGAUAGUGGCUCCUCCGCCGGCCGAUCCCCAGCGCAUAUGGCGACCACUACAGUCAAGGUGGAUGGAAUGACAUGCGGGGCAUGUACUUCCGCUGUUGAAGGCGCUUUCAAGGGUCUGGAUGGUGUAGGACAGGUGUCAGUUAGCUUGAUGAUGGGCCGAGCCGUCGUUCAUCAUGAUCCGACCAUAAUACCUGCGGAAACAAUAGCCGAAAAAAUCGAAGACUCCGGUUUUGAUGCUGAGAUCAUCUCCACUGACGGCCCGUCGAUACAAACCGAUAGCCACAGAAAUGCGCAGGAUCCGACGCCGCGAUUUUCGACCACGACGUUAGCGGUGGAAGGGAUGACGUGUGGUGCCUGUACGUCUGCUGUGGAAGGAGGACUCAAGGUAGUCAGAGGCGUCAAAUCGAUCAACGUCUCAUUGCGGUCAGAACGAGCAGUGGUGGAGCAUGAUGCUUCCGUGAUCACGCCGCAACAGCUCGCGGACAUUAUCGAGGAUCGUGGCUUCGGCGCGACGGUGCUGGAAACCUCAACGCCGCAGGACGGUCCUCGUGGCUCGCAGGAAGAUGCGGACGCUAAAUCGUGCCUCAUGAACACAACCGUCUCGAUAGAUGGCAUGACAUGUGGCGCUUGUACAUCCAGCGUGCAGAGUGCAUUCGAUGGUGUUGAUGGUGUGGUUCAGUUCAACAUCAGCUUACUUGCUGAACGCGCUACCAUUGUCCAUGACCCUACGGUUCUCUCGGCCCAACAAAUCACCACAAUUAUCGAAGAUGCGGGGUUUGACGCAGCUAUCAUUUCUUCAGAGCCCAAACUGUCUACGUCUAGCUCCACGAACAGCGUAACUCUGAGUUUACACGGCUUGCGCGAUGUAGUCGCGGCAAAUGAUCUAGAAGACUCCCUUCUCCGGAGACCCGGAAUACACUCGGCGUCCAUCAAUAUGGGCACAUACAAGCUUGCAGUUUCGUAUGAUUCUGCGAAAAUUGGGAUUCGUACCAUUGUUGAGGCGAUUGAGGCUGCCGGCUACAAUGCUUUGCUGUCUGAGUCGGACGACACCAACGCCCAGUUGGAAUCUCUGUCCAAAACCAAGGAGGUCCAAGAGUGGCGAAGCGCAUUCUUGUUCUCUCUCUCAUUCGCGGUGCCCGUCUUCGUCCUCAACAUGUUGCUUCCCAUGUCUCUACCCAAGCUCGACUUCGGCAAGCUCCGCUUAUGCGCAGGCGUGUACCUCGGGGACGUGCUAUGUUUGUUGCUCACCAUCCCCGUACAGUUCGGUAUUGGUAAGCGAUUCUACGUGAGCAGCUACAAAUCACUCAAGCAUCGCUCACCGACUAUGGAUGUUCUUGUCAUGUUGGGCACAUCUGCGGCUUUCUUCUACAGUGUCUUCAUCAUGCUUGUGGCCAUGUGCACAAUGGCCGACAAACGGCCCAACACCGUGUUUGAUACAAGCACCAUGCUCAUUACCUUCAUUACACUCGGAAGAUGGCUAGAGAAUCGGGCUAAAGGUCAAACGUCAGCCGCUCUCUCGCGACUCAUGUGCCUGGCUCCGUCUAUGACGACAAUUUACGAUGAUCCUAUUGCUGCUGAGAAGCUCGCCGAGGAAUGGGAAACCGCCAAAGUUUACACCGAUGAGAAGAAGCCAGCAUCUUCAAGCGCGGACAGAUCUGGUCCAGGUCACAGAGUGAUCCCAACUGAGCUCAUUGAAAUUGGCGACGUAGUUGUUCUUCACCCUGGUGACAAAGUUUCUGCAGACGGGGUCGUCAUUCGAGGCGAAAGUUACGUGGAUGAAAGCAUGAUCACCGGUGAAGCGCUACCCAUUUAUAAAAAGAAGGGCAGUACCGUCAUUGCUGGAACUGUGAAUGGCACUAGUUCGAUUGACUUCAAGGUCACCCGAACCGGCAAGGACACUCAGCUCAGCCAGAUUGUGAAAUUGGUUCAGGACGCGCAGACAAGCCGGGCUCCUAUCCAGCGGGUGGCGGAUAUUGUUGCUGGCUACUUCGUUCCGGCUAUCAUCAGUCUCGGUCUCAUCACGUUCUUUGGUUGGAUGUUCGUUAGCCACGUUUGGUCUCAUCCUCCCAAGAUCUUCGUCGCCGAAGGCAGUGGCGGAAAAGUCAUGAUUUGCCUGAAGCUUUGCAUCUCUGUCAUCGUCUUUGCUUGUCCAUGUGCAUUGGGUCUCAGCACCCCAACAGCCGUCAUGGUUGGUACUGGCGUUGGUGCGCAGGAGGGCAUUCUAGUCAAGGGUGGUGCUGUGCUUGAAGGCGCGACUAAAAUCAACCACGUCGUCUUUGACAAGACUGGCACCCUGACUACGGGGAAGAUGACCGUUGCCGAGGCCAGAAUAGAACGCCAGUGGCAUGAAGGGCGUUGUCGACUUUGGUGGUUGAUCGUAGGUCUCGCGGAGAUGAACAGUGAGCACCCUAUCGGCAAGGCCAUCCUCUCAGCAGCAAAGGCUGAAUCGGGCCACUCCGAGGGCGAUGGACUACCAGGCAGCUUGGGUGACUUCAAUGCCCAUGUUGGUCAGGGAAUAUCUGCAUUGAUUGAGCCCGCGUUCAAUGGAGACCGGACAAGGUAUCGUGCUGUAAUUGGCAAUGCCGCUUUCUUGCAGUCCCAAGGUGUAUCGGUUCCUGAAUCUGUUGAAGCUGAAGAUCAGCCCACCGGCAGCCCGAAGCCUACCGCUGGCAUCACGCAGAUUCAUGUGGCCAUCGAUCAGCAGUUUGCCGGAACUAUCUUCCUCCGCGACACUGUGAAAUCGACUGCCGUGGCUACGAUCGCUGCUUUGCAUCGCAUGGGGCUCAAGACUUCGCUCAUCACUGGAGAUACCCGCUCUACUGCCUUGUCCAUCGCUUCCGCUGUUGGUAUAUCUCCUGAAUUCGUUCACGCCUCUGCCUCCCCGUCCGACAAACAAUCCAUAAUCGCUUCGAUGCAAGAAUCCGGUGACCGCGUCGCCAUGGUAGGCGAUGGAAUCAAUGACUCCCCGGCUCUGGCAACCGCAUCAAUUGGGAUUGCUCUGGCUUCGGGGACGGACGUCGCCAUAGAAGCCGCCGACAUCGUGCUCAUGCGGCCAGAUGAUCUCCUUUCCGUCCCCGCCAGUCUAUCGCUCUCUCGCGCAGUCUUCAGACGCAUCAAGCUCAAUCUCAUGUGGGCCUGCGUCUACAACGUCAUCGGCCUUCCAUUCGCCAUGGGUCUCUUCCUGCCCUUUGGCGGCUUCAUGCUUCCCCCCAUGGCCGCCGGCGCGGCAAUGGCAGCAUCAAGCGUCUCCGUCGUCGUCAGCAGCCUGCUCCUGAAUUUCUGGAAACGUCCACGAUGGAUGGACGUCGAGAAGCUAGAGAAGGAAGCGCAGCUCGGCGGCGUUGGCUCUCGCGCGUCCCGGAAGAACCGGUGGCCGGCUGCUCUCUUUGUCUCCGGUCCUGGCAGUCGUACCGGCCCGUUGGGUUGGGCCAGGCGGACAGGCGCGAAAGUCUGGUCGACUGUCACCGGACGGAGUCCGAGAACAGUAGACACCAACGAUGGCUAUGUCCCUCUACAGACGGUAGAGCCAGUCGUUUAA